GGAAGGGCGCUCUGUUCUCUCCCGAAGGCGGUGGUGCUGAAGAACAGCUCCUGCUCCGGCCCCUCCAGCCCUCCAUCCUCUUGGAGCAACUAGGAAGGAGUUGGCCAUCCCUGGAGGAUUCCCCCUCCGAUCUGAAGCUUGAGUGACAGCCGGAGAAGAGGGAAGGGAGGGGGAAGGAACGAGAGCCUCUCCUGCCUUGGAGCCUCCGCCGGCCUCUCCUCCUCCCCUCCUUCCCUUUCCCCUUCCCUCUCAUCCAGGAAGGAAGGCAGGAAGGCAGGAAGGAAGGCGGUGGAGAGCCUUGGAGAAGCAGGUGCCACCCACCCACUGCCAGGACCACCGACACCAGGAGCUCACAAGAAGAAAGUGAAUCCUGGAAGGGUUGUAAAGGCUUCAUUUCACCUUCUGAAGGAUGUGACAUUGACCUUCUUGGAAGUGGAUUACUCAUCUGUUAAACAUUAAUGCUGCUGAGCUUCAUUACUAGAACUAACAACGUCGCUAUUUUGGUUGGCCUUUGUUUCCAUCUCUUGACAUCACAAUGAGUGGCAUCCUCCAAUACCUGGACCCACGGCGGAUCCAGUGGGGUGCCACCUGGUAUGCCGUCCAUUCCCGAAUCCUCCGCACCAAGCCAGUGGAGUCCAUGCUCGAGGGGACAGGCACCACCACCUCCCAUGGAACAAAACUGGCACAAGUGCUCACAACCGUGGAUCUUGUUUCACUUGGUGUUGGAAGCUGUGUUGGUACAGGAAUGUAUGUCGUUUCUGGCCUGGUUGCAAAGGAGAUGGCGGGACCUGGUGUCAUCGUAUCAUUCAUCAUUGCUGCUGUGGCCUCGAUCUUGUCUGGUGUCUGCUAUGCUGAGUUUGGGGUGCGGGUCCCGAAAACCACUGGCUCUGCCUACACCUACAGCUACGUCACAGUGGGGGAGUUUGUGGCAUUUUUCAUUGGGUGGAACCUCAUCCUGGAAUAUCUCAUUGGCACAGCCGCAGGUGCCAGUGCUCUCAGCAGCAUGUUCGACUCCUUGGCCAAUCACACCAUCAGCCACUGGAUGAUUGACAGCGUCGGGACCUUGAAUGGGCUGGGUAAAGGUGAAGAAUCAUAUCCAGACCUCCUAGCUUUGGUGAUUGCAGUUGUUGUAACAAUCAUUGUUGCCCUGGGUGUGAAGAACUCUGUUGGAUUCAACAACGUCCUCAAUGUGAUUAAUCUGGUUGUUUGGGUCUUCAUCAUGAUUGCUGGACUUGCAUAUGUCAAUGGAGAAAACUGGGUUGAAGGGCAGUUCUUGCCAUUUGGAUGGUCAGGGGUACUACAAGGCGCAGCAACCUGUUUCUAUGCCUUCAUUGGAUUUGACAUCAUUGCGACCACCGGAGAAGAAGCAAAAAGUCCCAACACUUCCAUCCCUUAUGCCAUCACUGCCUCGCUGGUCACGUGCCUCACGGCUUAUGUGUCUGUGAGCAUUAUCUUAACUCUGAUGGUGCCAUACAAUGAGAUUGAUACUGAAUCCCCCCUGAUGGAAAUGUUUGCAGCCCAUGGAUUCUACACUGCUAAAUUCAUUGUUGCCAUUGGUUCUGUGGCUGGCUUGACCGUGAGCUUGUUGGGCUCCCUCUUCCCCAUGCCUCGCAUAAUUUAUGCAAUGGCUGGUGAUGGGCUUCUCUUCAGGUUCUUGUCCCAUGUAAGUUCUUAUACUGAGACCCCUGUAGUAGCUUGCAUUGUCUCAGGAUUUCUUGCAGCACUACUCUCUUUGCUGGUAAGCCUGAGGGAUCUGAUAGAGAUGAUGUCUAUUGGCACGCUGCUUGCGUACACUUUGGUCUCCGUCUGUGUCCUGCUUCUCCGCUACCAACCAGAGAGUGACAUUGAUGGCUUUGUCAAAUUUCUUUCUGAGGAGCAUACAAAGAAGAAGGAAGGGAUUUUAGCAGACUGUGAGAAAGAAAUUUGUUCUCCAGGAAGUGAAGGAGAGGAAUUUGCAGGUCCACCCACCAACACAUGUGGUGCAAAGAAUCUUCCAUCUUUAGGAGACAAUGAAAUGCUCAUUGGAAAGUCAGAUAAGACCACCUACAAUGUCAACCACCCCAACUAUGGUACAGUUGACAUGACUUCAGGAAUAGAAGCAGAUGAGUCUGAAAACAUCUACCUUAUCAAGCUGAAGAAACUAAUAGGACCACGCUACUACACUAUGAGGAUUCACCUUGGGCUACCUGGGAAAAUGGAUCGUCCCACAGCAGCUACUGGCCAGACUGUCACCACCUGUGUGCUCUUGCUCUUUGUCCUCAUGUUCAUCUUCUGCUCUUUCAUCAUUUUUGGGUUGGAUUAUCUGUAUGACCAAAGUUGGUGGGCAAUUCUUCUGGUGGUUCUGAUGGUCCUGCUGAUUGUUGUAUUAGUGUUUGUCAUUCUUCAACAGCCAGAGAACCCCAAAAAGCUCCCUUAUAUGGCUCCCUGCCUGCCUUUUGUCCCUGCUUUUGCUAUGCUUGUGAACAUCUAUCUUAUGCUGAAACUCUCAAAGAUCACAUGGAUCCGUUUUGCUGUCUGGUGUUUUGUGGGGUUGCUAAUUUAUUUUGGCUAUGGCAUUUGGAAUAGUACACUGGAGAUCACUGCCCGGGAAGAAGCUUUGCAUCAGAGUACAUACCAACGCUACGAUGUUGAUGUUGAUCCCUUCUCUGUUGAAGAUGGCUUUGCAUAUGCUGAGAGUGAAAACUACCAGGACUGGGAUCCUGCCGAUGACAAAGGUUUCUCUUACCAGCAGAUGUCGGAAACAAAGGAGAGCAGUCGGACAAGUAGCAAAGCAAAAAGCAAAAGCAAACACAAACAGAACUCGGAUGCGCUCAUUUCAAAUGAUGAGUUAGACUACUCACCUGAGUAGAUAAGAUGGAAACACAACCGUUUCACUCUGUGUCACUAAGCUAACCUUUGGGCUCAAUUCAAUGGCUUUUUUUUUUUGCAUUCAUUUCAGAUGCAGCCUUUCUAUAAAUGUUCUGGUGUUUUUCCAGCAUCACUCACUCUGUCACUUAUUUUCUGCUCUUCAGGAAGGUUCUCUCAAGUGCUUGUCCUGAAUCAACAGAAUGCCAAAUUAAACACAAAAAAGUUUCGAUUUCUCAUCCCAUUCCACACAAUGCCAUCACCAAUAAUAGCUCAGUUUCACUGAAUGUUGUCAGGAGCUAACCUAUGAUAUAAACUAGUUAGGCCCGCAAAAUAUUCCUGGGCCUAAGAACCAUAUCACCCAUGAGCCUUCUGUUGCAGUGAUUGUAUAGUCCCAAUGGAAAAUGAACCCAGCAAAGUGUGUGCUUGAUAAAUACAACGAAUUUCCAUUGGCACAAUGCUCAUAUUCUCUGGGCUUUGCAAUAGAGAAUGUUCAUGAUCAUAUUGGAGACCACCAACUAUUUGGGAUCCCUUUAUUAUAUCCACUGGAAUUUGGUUCCAGGACCUUUCAUGGAUACUUAAAUCUGUGAUUGCAUUAUAUACAAUGCUGUUGUAAAAUGGUGUCCCUUAUAUAAAAUGACAACAUCAAGGUUUGCUUUGGGGAUUUUUAAAAAACUGUGGAUACAAAAUCCAUGGAUACAG